UGUGACACUAAGAAAUCGACAUUUCUGAUAAUUGAAGGACCAGAAGCCGAUGUCCCCGUAAUCACUAAAAGCGCUCCAGCAGAUCCCGUCCGUCCAGGAGACUCAGUGACUCUGCAGUGUUCCGUCCUCUCCGUCUCUGAGGAGACGGAAUGUCCAGAAGGACAGAAGGUGUUCUGGUUCAAAGCCGGCUCGGAUAGAUCUCCUCCACAUGUGAUUUAUGUCCAUGGAAACCGGGAUGGAUGUGAGCAGAGUCCUGAGGCUCCCCCUCCACACAGAUGUGUCUACAGCUUCUCUAAGAACAUCAGCUCCUCUGACGCCGGCACGUAUUACUGUGCCGCGGCCACAUGUGGACAGAUGCUACUUGGAGAAGGAACAACACUGGAAACUGAAGCCCCCCUCAUGUGGGAUUUGCAGGAGACGGUUCUGAUCGUCCUGUCAGCAGCUCUGGCUUUUUGUCUGCUUGUUGUCGUCUUCCUGAUGUUUAUUAUCAAGAGGAAAACUUGUCAAUGCUGCAACGCGGCUGCUUCUCUGCUAGAAAAUGUUGCAAAGGGGAAUUUCAAGAGGAAUGAAGACGCGUGGACUUAUUCUACUGCCGUCUUCACCGUGAUGAAGUCAGGUGGAAGGAGGCGCGCAGAGGGAGCGCAGAGGGAGAACAUCCACGCUGCUGCCAAGGCCUCCGGGUCGGAUUAGCAUGUUUCCUGGACUCAGUGAGAUCAGCUGGUAGCGUGUGUGAUGGAAGUCCAAAGGCUGUUGUAUGUGGCCGAGAGGCCGUGAUGACAUGUGAUGUGUUCUGCUCACCGCUUUGGGACUAAUAGAGGAUUACCUCAUGCUUCCAUGUAGCACUAGUUGCUUUGUGUUACACUAUGAUGCAAAGAUUAAUCUCAGACGCUGUUACACUGACUUUACUCUCACAGCCUCUUUCUGUCUGCCACCGUGUGCAAAGGCCACAUUUAGAGAGACUGCAGGAGGCACCAAGUGUGCGUUUUAAAGAGAACCAUCUGCAUUGUCACCAUUUCAAUGAUUUGGAUUAACUUCUAAACUUAAAGAUGCAUUAGAUGUUGGACCCCUUUAAUGCAAAAUAUAUAUACAGGAUUAAGUUAUACAUUU